GAUUUCGAUUAUUUGUGUUCCAAGCAAAGUUCAGAAGAAUUUCUCAGGAUCAGAGUUAGGUGCACUUAGAUCCAGACGUCUUUUAAUCUGCUGUGAAUCUGUCAACAGCGUAUGCUUCUAGGUGGAACGAUCAUGGUCAAUAUUUAUGUGUAUGACAAGUGCAACAACAGUUUCAUAGAAAGAAGAUAAAAUUUAUGAUCUCCUGAUUUUUUUGCUGAGUGGGGCCUGCUCAAUUCACUGCUGGAUUGUGUUUUUUUUUUCAUAGUGAUUCUGAUAAAGUUCGUCGGGCCACAGUUGAAGAGUGAACAAUCACCAUGGCUGCGAUGGAAGAAUCGCUGAACCUUGAGCGAGAUAUUAACCGAGCUGUGGAACUUCUUCAAAAGCUUCAAAGAUCAGGUGCCGGCGGUGAGAAGCUUGCAGCGCUUGAGCAGGUCCUCAACUCGGAAUUUCUAGCCGCUGUGCGUCAAGUGUACGAGCAAGUGCAUCGUACUGCAGAUAUGGGCGCUGGGCCAGCUGCCAGCGCUGAUAUUAGAGCUUCUGCCACGGCCAAGGCAACUGUGGCGGCAUUUGCUGCGUCUGAAGGUCGAGCGCAACCGCGAGUGGUACGACUCCCGAAAACGGAUGAAGGCCUCGGUUUCAAUGUAAUGGGUGGCAAAGAGCAGAACUCGGCGAUCUACAUUUCACGAAUCAUACCUGGCGGCUUGGCAGAACGGCAAGGGGGGCUCCGUCGCGGUGACCAGUUACUUGCUGUAAAUGGCAUCUCCGUCGAAGGCGAAAACCAUGAACGAGCCGUGGAGUUGCUUAAGCAAGCUCAGGGUACCGUCACAUUAGUGGUACGCUACGCGCCACAUGUACUUGAGCAAAUGGAGAUGCGAUUCGACAGGCAGCACCACAAUAAAUAAUCAGAAUAACAGCAGCAACUGUACGAAGUCGGAGUGACCAUGUUGUGGAAGCACACUAUGAAAACGUAGAUUCUCAUAGAUAUCUGAACACAUGGCCAAGAUCACGAGCACUUCUAACGGGAUGUUUCUAACGUCUUGUUUUUAACCUAAUCUCAUCGGCGUCUUUAUACAUGUGUCGAAUACAUGCAUCGAGGCAAGUUUUAACAUUAGUAAAAAUAAGGUAUAAGGUACCAGGCCUCAGUCAUUGCAGAACAUACACUCGAAAGUAAUUGGUUCCGAAUGCUCGUUGUUUCCAGAUUUUUUUUGAACCCUGCGAUCCCAAUUCAACUUAAAGGAUAAGUUCGGCAAGGGACAUCUCUUGAAAUGGGUAUAGCUUGAAAAAAAUGAAUCAUUACACAUUAUAUUUAAUGUUUGCAGUAGUUAAAGAGAGUCACUUUAAUAUCUGGCGAUGUUUUACAUAUUAUCUGUUGCCAACGAGAUUUCUCAGGUGUAUAAGGGUUACCAAAAAAACACAGAGCCGUAGCGCUAGCUCGAGAAAUAUCUGAUUGCUAGAAUGCGAUCAGACUUACAGCAGUUCAUUAGACAGAUGUUCAGUAUUCCUGAAUAAAAUGUGCAUGUCGUAGAUUUAUUGGCACAUACAAAUGCAGAAUUGAGCUGAAACUGCCAUUAAACCAUAUUCUAUUUGUCGACCAAUGUUCCACUACUACCUUUGCUAAUGUCAGACUUUGGAAAGAAGUUGCCUUAAAUAAAACAACAGUACCAACGCACUUAUAUACUAUCGCUUCAUAAAGAAGGAGUAUGACUUUCGCGUUUAAAAGAAGUAGCCAUGACGGUAUGAAGGUAGAGGUUGCAUUGUGUCAGACGGGAGACAGGGUUAAAUGAAACAUUUUUGAUUCACGCUGAUGUAGGGCGCAAAUUCCUGUUUUAAAGUACUUUUGCAUACGAUUGACGGGGCAGAUUGUGAAGGGAGGACGAAAUAAGAGGCAAGAAGUCCUACAGAAUGCGAGUCAACUGAAUGACUGCUAUUCUUCUUAGAAGCUUGUUGGACAAUGGCUUUAUUGUGUGCAUUCCAUACAUAACGCUAGUUAUGAUGCUCUCGUUUUGGAGCCGCGUUCAAGGCUCCACAUUAGAGGCAAACAUUAUAGUUUUAGGCCAGUACGAUAAACUAAUCGAAUUGUUAUGUGGGGAGCCAGCUCUGCUAAAGCGACAGAUAAUAACAACAACUCGCUCGAACUGGAAUUGCGUUAUUUCUUGGCUUCAGGGCAAUGUUGUUUAGCAAACUUCUUAUUUUCUAUUGAUUUUACUUGUCUAAUUUGUCAAUCAUACAGUUUUAGAGUUUAAUAACUACACUGCAAGUGACUGAUAGUGCCCGUUAUCAAUUUUACUGUAAUUAACAUCUUAAUUAAGUCUAUUACAUCUAUACAUGAUACACAUAAUUAUGAGUACAAUACCAGUAUCGCAUCGAAACGGUCGUGCUUAUUGAUUUAUGACAGCAUGCCAUUGCGCGCGUUGUUGACAUCACGCUUUUGUCUAGGCACGAUUAGCCUUCACUUAACGGCCACAACACACGUAUUAAAAAUGAAGAAAGUUAAUAUUAGACAUAUUAUGCACACACACACGAAAAAAAGGUUUUGAAAAACAUAGCAAAUUGGAGUAGUAGAAACUUUAUUUAGCUACACAAUUAGCUAAAAUUUUCAACGAUACUUAUGAGUUUCGGCUAAAUAUAGUAGAAUUUUAUCGUGUUUAAAACAGAAUGAUGUAUGGUCAUAUGAUAGACAGUUGAAAAAUGAAAUUGACGUUUAAGAUAUAUGUAUACUAUAAGUG